AGUGAGCAUUUCCACCUUGUUGCCAAUGCCACAAAGACUGAUUUGUCUUCACUGAGUCACACCAGAAGAGGCAAAGUACAAGCCAUGCAAGGUAUUGAACAGCAGCAGAUAAAUGUUGCCCCCUCUUCAGAGUCUUUUACCAACUGGAGAGCUAUAUUAUCACCAACAUGGCCUUCUAAAGAACUUGAGUCUUCCUCAGUGGGUGACAUUUCAAUGAGGCAAGCCUUGGAAAAUGCCAAUCUGCUUCAGAUAAUAAAAAGUACAUUAGCAGGGACACGGACCAGAACUAUGGACCAAGCUAGGUUUUUGCCAAGUCUGUACCAAGGCAGUGGCAACAGUGCAUCCCAGGAACCUUCUGAGGUAUCAGCUGAGUCAGCAAUGAGGUCUCAAGAUGCUGAUGAAAUGACCAUUGUAUCAGUGUUACCGUCUGUGUCUCCUGGUGUAAUACCAUCUGUAGCAACUUCAGAAGCAACACCAGUUACAGGAAAAUCAGCUCCAACAUCACCAAUGCUGACCUCAUCCUUGUUCUCACUGAGCACAGAAAAUUCGCCAUCUGUGAUGGCAUUAAGCACGUUAAUAUCAACACUAGCAAAAAAUCACACUGCCCCCAAAAUGGCAUCAACUUUAAGCCCAAUAGUGACACGUACAGCCUUUCCAGUUGUUUCAAGAGAUGAGUCUACAACAACUGUGCAUACCACUAGUUCAUUUCCAGUCCCCAAAUCUAGUACAGUUUCAGCUCCCACAACACAUGCAACAGGACAAUCUGAAACAACACUACUUGACACCAAGAAAUCCACAAGCCCAGACAUCACUAAAACAUCAACUGCAUACCCACUGACAAUUACAGCAGCUUUGACAUCUAUUACAGCAUCAGCGAAAACAACUAGACUUCUCCCUACACCUGCGGAAAAUACUUCUUCUGCUACGCCAGUGUCAACAGCUGCUUUUGCUAAUGCGACAACAGUUCUUCCUUUGGAAUGCCAGCUCUCCAGAAACCUCUUUAUUAAGACAGUUUUGUUUCUGAAUACAAGAAGAUUGGUGCCGAGUGAUUCCUUAAAACAGAAUGUCACAAAAGGUCUCACCCAGGCAUUGAGACAAGCUUUCAACCAAAAUGUCAAUGCGCAAAUUGAAAUUUUGGAACAAUCAAACAAUGUGACAGUUGGUUACUAUGUAACUCAGGAAAGACUUGUUUUCAUACCUGCUGUGGUUAUCGAAAUGCUAAUUGCUUAUGGUGUUACUAAUGCCACUUCGGAUAUUAGGCAGUAUGUGCCAAAUCUUCAUUCUGUUGCUGUCUUAGCAUUGCCAUGGAAUCCACUGCCAGCUUACCACUUUCAGCUAAAAACAGAACUGCAGUUUAUGGGUCAAUCAGACAACAUCCAGUCAUGCAGAUUUGUUCAGACCAUGGAACAAAGAUUGCAAAAAGCAUUUCAGGAUGCUGAGAGAAAAGUCUUGAACACCAGUAGCAAGUUAACUGUUCAGAUUCUGAAUACAGCAAAUGUUUCUCAGGCUGUCACUUUGUUUUAUGUGGUGAGAAAUGAAAGCACAGUAUUGAAUGGCACAGUAUCAAGCAACCUUCUUAACCAUCUUUCAGCUGAACUGGUGGGAUUCUAUCUCACCUACCCACCUCUGACCAUUGCUGAAGCUUUGGAAUAUCCAAAUCUUGAUACGUCAGAAGCAACUAGAGACUAUUGGGUGAUUACAGUUAUACAGGGAGUUGACAUGACACUGCUGGGGGUGAAUAACCAGAGUUUUGCAAGACUAAUGGAACAACGUUUAGCACCACUAUUCAUGAUGUCCCAUCAACAAGGAAGACGAUUUAAACGAGCUACCACAGUCGGCAGCUACACAGUGCAGAUGGUAAAAAUGCAGCGAAUUCCAGGACCCAAGGACCCUGCUGAGUUGACUUACUAUACUUUGUACAAUGGGAAACCUUUACUGGGUACAACAGCUGCCAAAAUUUUGAGCACUGUCGAUUCACAAAGGAUGGCCUUGACACUGGGAUAUGUUGUUCAAGUACAAGCUGAUCCUGUGGUGAAGAACCCACCCAACAACCUAUGGAUCAUUGCAGCGGUGCUGGCUCCCAUUGCUGUGGUCACAGUCAUCAUCAUCAUUAUCACAGCUGUUCUAUGCAGGAAGAACAAAAAUGAUUUCAAGGCAGAUACCAUGAUGAACUUGCCACAGAGAGCCAAACCAGUCCAAGGCUUUGACUAUGCCAAACAACACUUAGGCCAGCAGGGAGCUGAAGAUGAAGUUUUACCUGUUACCCAAGAGACUGUAGUAUUGCCACUUCCUGUGAGAGAUACUCCUGCCUCCCAGGAGAGAGAAAUUGUUCAGGAUGGGAGUACAGCAAAAACUGCAAAGUCCAAUGAUACAAGAAAGAGCAGGUCGCCUAGUGAGAAUGGUUCUGUCAUCAGCAACGAAUCAGGAAAGCCCAAUUCAGGCAGAGGCUCUCCACAGAAAGUAAUGGCACAGCAGAAAGUGACAAAAGAGGAGGGAAGAAAGAGGAAUGUGCCCAUAAGUGAUGAAGAAGAGGGAAGCAUGCUCUUUGAUAAUGUUGCUAAGUCUGCCAUUGAUCCCUUUGACACAUCCUCUGGAUCUGUACAGUUGAUCGCCAUAAAGCCCGUAGCUCUGCCUCCUGCACACCCAGCUUUGGACAGGAGUCAAGAAACUGCUGUUCUCAACGGGGAGAUUAACAAAGCAUUGAAGCAGAAGUCUGAUAUAGAGCACUAUCGCAACAAAUUGCGCCUGAAAGCCAAGCGGAAAGGCUAUUACGAUUUCCCUCAAGUUGAUAACAAUAAAGGCUUGGCAGACAGAAAAAAGAUGUAUGAAAAAGCACAAAAUGAAAUAGAUCGUAUUUUGGAUCCUGAUACAGAUGGAUCCUCUCCAUUUGUAGAACCCAAAAACAGGCAACAAAUGAAGAACUCUGUUUAUCGAAGCAGGCAAUCUUUGAACAGUCCUAGCCCAGGAGAAACAGAAAUGGAUCUUCUGGUUACACGAGAGAGACAAAGACGUGGUAUCCGCAACAGUGGAUAUGAUACUGAACCUGAAAUGAUAGAAGAAACAAAUGUUGACCGUGUCAAUGAAACCCGAAACUAUACCAGAGCCCAUCAAGCAAAAGGCCAUUCAGAGACAUCAACUCUGAGUUCUCAGCCAUCCAUUGAUGAAGUCAGACAGCAGAUGCAUAUGCUACUGGAAGAGGCCUUUAGUUUGGCUUCAGCAGGCCAUGGAGGACAGAGCAGGCAACAAGAUGCUUACAGUUCUGCACAGCACUUGCCCUACUCUGAAGUUGUGACCAGUGCUCCUGGUACCAUGUCUCGGCCCAGAGGGGGGAUACAGUGGGUGCCUACCUAUAGGCCUGAAGUGUACCAGUACAGUUUACCAAGACCUGCAUAUAGGUUUUCUCCACUUCCUGAAAUGGUGAUGGGUUCUCCGCCUCCUCCUGUACCUCCCAGAACAGGACCUGUUGCUGUUACCUCCCUCAGAAGGUCGACUUCUGAUAUUGGCAGCAAGACAAGAAUAUCAGAGUCCAGCGGGACUGAACAGAUACAGCCACAUGAUCAUGCCCCCUUUGUCCCAGUUUCAAGAGCCCCAGUAUCUGUGGCUCCAUUGGAUCAAUCAGCUUUGAAUUACUCAGGAAGUACUGUUCCAGCGGUGUUUGCCAUCCCAGCAGCAAACAGAUCCGGGUUCACAGGCUAUUUCAUCCCAACACCACCUACCGCAUAUAGGAACCAGGCUUGGAUGUCCUAUGCUGGAGAAAAUGAAUUACCAGGGCAGUGGGCUGACUCGGUCCCACUGCCUGGCUACAUAGAAGCUUAUUCACGGCCGCGCUAUCAGCACAACUCUCCUUCAAGGCUUCCGCGUCAGUACAGCCAGCCAGCAAACAUGCAGCCCAGCCUGGAACAAGCUCCGUUGCCCUGUACUGCUGCUUCUCAACACAGCCUAACUGAAAAUGACCCUUUGGAUAACCCUCUCCCCAGCCUUUCUACAGCUGCACUAGUGAAGGCAAUAAGAGAAGAAGUAGCUAAGCUAGCCAAGAAACAAACAGAUAUGUUUGAGUUUCAGGUCUGA